UUUCUCUCUCUAACAUUGUUGUCAAUAUCUUGGGGGUAGCUAGCUUCAUCAAAUAGUUCUCCUCAAACCCAUAAUCUGCACGCCUAUUCCCUCCCCUUCCCUCUCAGCCCCACACUCAAUUUGUCCAUCUCCAUCUCUCCUUCUCCAAGAAAAUGUCCAUAAACCAUUUCUCCUCAGACCUCUCAGAAACCCAGUGGUGGAAUGCUAAUUCUAACCCCCACCGACAAGAAGACCCCUCAAGACACCCACACAGCAGAACCCAUUUCAUCCCCCAAUUUUAUCAAGAUACCCACCACCACAGCCACGCCCACCACAGUUUCCAACCCUGGCAGCUCAACUCCCAAGACCCCACCACACCCAUGUCCCCCACCCAUUUCCAUACCCCCACCGCUACCCUCAAUUUCAACCUCAACCACCACGACGCCGUCGACCCCAACGAAUCAGGCCAACUCCAGUCCCCGCCGCCGCAUCACCGCGUCAACUCUGACGACUCCGACGACGAAAAAGAGCCCAUGUUCGAGAAGCCCUUGACCCCAAGCGACGUCGGCAAGCUGAACCGCCUCGUGAUUCCCAAGCAGCACGCAGAGAAGUACUUCCCGCUCGGCAGCGGCGACUCGGGCCUCCUGCUGAGUUUCGAGGACGAGUCCGGGAAGUCGUGGCGGUUCCGCUACUCCUACUGGAACAGCAGCCAGAGCUACGUCCUCACCAAGGGCUGGAGCCGUUACGUCAAGGAAAAGCGCCUCAACGCCGGCGACGUCGUUUUGUUCGAGCGGCGCCGGGCUAACACGGAUCGACUCUCCAUCGGCUGGAGACGCCGCAACGCGGUCCCAGCGCACGAUAGUGGGGCUGGAGGGGUUGAGAGUAGCAGUGGCGGGGUUGGAGGGAAUAGUAGUGGUGGUGGCGGGGGUUGGACAAGGAUGUUCUAUUCUGCGCCGCAUCACGGCUCGUCUUAUCCUGCGCACCAGUAUCAUCAUAGUGUGGCGCCAUACCCACCUGACUGUCUACAUGCAGCAGGGUCCCGUGUCCAGAAUAUGAACCCAACGGCGUCAGUUGGGAACUCGAAGAUACUGAGACUAUUUGGAGUGAACUUGGAGUGCCAGCAGCAGGCAGCUGAGCACCUCGAGUCGGAACCAUCAACCUCAGAUGGCUCGUCGUCGACACUGUCUAUGUCAAGCCAGGGUCCGACUCACGGCCAGCGGCAAAGGUACCCUCGUGCAGCUUAUAAUUAUGCCGACCAACACAGGGAAUUCACUAGUUUCUCUGGAGAUGUCAACCCCAUGAGAUCAAAUCGCCGAGGAUAAAGAUCUGCCGAUGUGACGUCCUCUUUGAUUGAUUGACUUCAAAUAUAUUUAUUUUUAUUUUUAAAACACACCACUUGGGAAAAAA